AUGCCCUCGAAAAAGAGCUAUCAAAUAUUGUGGGUUUGGAUGAACUCAAGAUGCAACUUCGAAAAUGGGCAAAAGGGCCUUCUUUUGAAUGAGAGGCGCAAGGCCAUUGGACUUGAAAUCGGCACUGCUGGAAAACUUCCUCACAUGGCAUUUCUAGGGAAUCCUGGAGCAGGUAAGACUAUGGUGGCUCGAAUCCUUGGAAGACUACUCCAUGGUGUGGGAAUUUUGCAAACUGACAAUGUAAAAGAAGUUCAAUGGACAGAUUUAGUUGGUGAAUAUAUUGGUCAUACUGGUUAUAAGACUAGGGAGAUGGUACACCACUUUGCUUUCUAUAUCAUAUGUUCGACAUAGCCAGAAGUUUAUUAAUCGAAAAAAUGAAAAUAA